UUCUCUAUCAAGAAUUGGUCUAUAAUUUCACAUGUUGUGCUUAAUGCAAACUGACUUUGUUAAGAGAUACCUUUCUUUCUAUACCUAGAUCUCUGUCACGCCUGACGAUCUUCAAUCCGGGUUGUAAAUGUCUCACGUGGGACAUCUGUGGGAGCGUUUGGUCCGUGCCGCACUUCGAAGGGAGAGGACUGGGACUGAUGCUUAUGGGCGGCCUACCGGUGGCAUUGCUGGAAAUGUCCCAUCUUCGCUUUCUAACAGUAGGGACAUAGAUCCCAUUUUAAGAGCAGCCGAUGAAAUUCAAGAUGAAGACCCAACCAUUUCUAGAAUUUUAUGUGAACAUGCUUAUACGCUGGCUCAGAAUCUGGAUCCCAACAGUGAAGGGAGGGGUGUGCUACAGUUCAAGACAGGUUUGAUGUCCAUAAUCAAGCAAAAACUAGCAAAGAAGGAGGGUGGAGUCACUGACAGAAGUCAAGACAUAAGUCGUUUACGAGAUUUCUAUAAGCUAUACAGAGAGAAGAAUAAUGUGGAUAAGCUACGGGAGGAGGAAAUGGAACUGAGGGAGUCAGGUGCUUUUAGUGGAAACUUUCGAGAGCUAGAACGAAAAACUCUGAAGAGGAAAAGGGUUUUUGCAACUCUUAAAGUUUUAGGAACUGUAUUGGAGCAGCUUACAAAGGAGCUUUCUCCGGAGGAAGCAGAAGGAUUGAUUCCUGAAGAGUUAAAACGGGUGAUUGAAUCUGAUGCAGCUAUGACAGAAGACCUGAUUGCUUAUAAUAUUAUACCUCUUGACGCUCCUGCUAUAACAAAUGCUAUUACUUCAUUCCCAGAGGUACGUGCUGCGAUAUCAUCAUUGAAGUACUAUAGAGGUCUGCCAAAGUUGCCAGCAAAUUUUCCAAUACCCGCUACCAGGAGUGCUGAUAUUCUCGACUUUCUGCACUAUGUUUUUGGAUUUCAGAAAGGUAAUGUUUCAAAUCAACGGGAGAAUAUUGUCAAUCUUCUCUCAAAUGAGCAAAGUCGACUUGGUAUCCCUGAUGACCAUGAACCGAAACUGGAUGAGACAGCUGUGGAGAGAGUAUUUUUGAAGUCCCUUGAUAACUAUAUCAAGUGGUGCACCUACUUGGAUAUCCCGCUAAUGUGGAGCAAUUUGGACCUCAGCAAGGAAAAGAAGAUACUUUUUAUCUCUUUGUACUUUUUGAUAUGGGGUGAAGCUGCCAACAUCCGAUACCUUCCAGAAUGCUUAUGCUACAUAUUUCAUCGUAUGGGAGAAGAAUUGGAUGAACUAUUGAGGCAGCAGCUUGCAAAGCCAGCUGACAGUUGUGUUACUGAGAAUGGUGUUUCAUUUCUUGAACAAGUCAUAUGCCCUCUUUAUGAUGUUAUUGCUGCGGAGGCUGCCAAUAACAAUGAUGGGAAGGAGCCUCAUUCCACGUGGAGAAAUUAUGACGAUUUCAAUGAGUACUUCUGGUCCCCUAGUUGCCUUAAACUUCUUUGGCCAUUCGAUAGGCAUUCGUCUUUCUUUUGGAAGCCAACACCAAGGACAAAGAAUAUUCUUAAAUCGAACGUCACUAAGCGUCGCGGGAAAACAUCUUUCGUUGAGCAUCGGACAUUUUUUCAUCUUUACCAUAGUUUCCAUCGCCUGUGGAUAUUUCUUUUCAUGAUGUUUCAGGCACUUACAAUAAUAGCAUUCAAUGAUGGAAAUCUCGACUCCAAGACGAUACGUGAAGUUCUUAGUCUAGGCCCAACAUUUUUUAUUAUGAAGCUUUUCCAAAGUGCGUUGGACAUUGUGGUGAUGUAUGGUGCCUAUUCUACAACAAGGCUCUUGGCUGUUUCGAGGAUUUUCGUUCGUUUCAUUUGGUUUAGCUUCGCGACCAUCUUCAUAUGCUUCCUUUACGUGAAAGGUCUCCAGGAGAAGACUAGUUCAAACUCGGAGUCGAUUAUUUUCAAAAUAUACAUAAUUGUUCUAGGCAUCUAUACUGGUAUUCAAUUCUUUUGGAGCUCGUUGUCACGGUUACCAUCAUGUCACCGUCUGUUCAACCAGUGUGAUGAUUGGUCCUUAGUUCGUUUAAUCAAGUGGAUGCAUCAGGAACAUUAUUAUGUUGGUCGUGGCAUGUACGAAGCUACAACUGAUUAUAUCAUGUAUAUGCUUUUCUGGCUUGUGGUAUUGGGGGGCAAGUUUUCGUUUGCCUAUUUUCUCCAGAUCAGGCCCUUAGUGAAACCAACAAGGGAUAUAAUUGAUAUUAAAGAUGUGCGCUAUUCUUGGCAUGAUUUUGUAUCAAAAAAUAAUCAUAAUGCCUUGACUGUUGCUAGCUUGUGGGCGCCAGUGUUUUGUAUCUAUCUUUUGGACAUCCACAUCUUUUACACUAUUAUAUCUGCUGUUGUGGGCUUCUUGCUUGGAGCUAGAGAUCGUCUCGGUGAGAUUAGGUCUUUGGGUGCCGUCCACAAACUCUUUGAGAAGUUUCCCGAAGCAUUUAUGGAUAAUCUCCACAUUCCUCUUGCUAACAGGGAUACCCUAAGGAUAACUGGCCAGGUUCUGCAGAAAAAUAAGUUUGAUGCUGCUCGAUUUUCACCCUUCUGGAAUGAGAUCGUGAAGAAUCUGCGAGAAGAAGAUUAUAUUACUAAUUUGGAAAUGGAAUUGCUUCUAAUGCCUACAAAUUCUGGGACUGUUCCUAUGGUUCAGUGGCCUCUUUUUCUCUUAGCCAGCAAGAUAUUCCUUGCCAAAGAUAUUGCCGGAGAGAGUGACUCACAAGAGGAGCUGUGGGAUAGGAUCUCAAGGGACGAUUACAUGAAAUAUGCAGUUGAGGAGUGUUUUUACACCAUCAAGCUAAUUUUGACGUCAAUUUUAGCCGAUGAUGACGGGAAGUUGUGGGUUGAAAGAAUAUAUGAAGACAUUCGAGGAAGUAUGGUGAAAAGGAGCAUCCACAUAGACUUUCAACUAAAAAAACUGGCACUUGUUAUUCAAAAAGUUACUGCACUUACGGGAAUUCUGAAAGAAGUUGGAACGCCUGAACUGGAGAGUGGUGCUGUUAAUGCUGCUCUCGAUCUUUAUGAUGUUAUCCAGCUUGAUUUUUUUAACGUCAACAUGAGAGAAAAUUAUGCUACUUGGAAUAUGUUGCUAAAAGCAAGGAAGGAAGGUCGCCUGUUUUCAAAGUUGAAGUGGCCUAGAGAUCCUGAGUUGAGGUCACAAAUUCGGAGGCUACACUCGCUUUUCACUAUCAAGGAUUCUGCGGUAAAUGUCCCGAAAAACCUAGAGGCUAGACGUAGGUUGCAAUUCUUCACAAAUUCACUUUUCAUGUCGAUGCCCAGAACCAAGCCUGUCCGUGAAAUGUUAUCUUUCAGUGUUUUCACGCCAUAUUAUUCAGAGACUGUUCUUUAUAGUAUGAAAGAGCUUCUUAAGAAAAAUGAGGACGGCAUUUCGAUCUUGUUUUACCUUCAGAAGAUCUAUCCAGAUGAAUGGAAAAACUUUCUUGCUCGGAUCGGCCGUGAUGAAAAUACGCACGAGGCAGAUCUUAUUGAUAAUGAUGAUGAGAACCUCGAACUUCGGUUUUGGGCAUCAUAUCGUGGACAAACAUUAGCGAGAACCGUGCGAGGAAUGAUGUACUACCGAAAGGCUCUAAUGCUUCAGGCUUAUUUGGAAAGAAUGACUGUUGGAGGUUUGAGUUUCCAGAAUAUUUGUAUUGUUGCUAUUUGUCAUUUUGGCUUCAAUUGCAUGAGUCAUGUUCUAAUAUUUUACAUGGCUAUGCUAGAUAUCGAAGCGGCUGUUCCCACUACUGAAGCAACUGAUAUUAAAGGAUUUGAGUUUUCUCCUGAAGCAAGAGCUCACGCAGACCUAAAAUUUACAUAUGUUGUCACUUGCCAAAUAUAUGGGAGACAGAAAGAAGAGCAAAAGCCCGAGGCUGCUGAUAUUGCAUUGUUAUUGCAAAGAAACGAAGCACUUCGAGUUGCUUUCAUUGAUGAGGUGGAGACCUUAACUGAUGGUAAAGUGCACAAAGAGUUCUACUCUAAACUUGUGAAGGGAGACAUCAAUGGGAAAGACAAGGAAGUCUAUUCUAUAAAAUUGCCUGGGAAUCCCAAACUUGGUGAGGGAAAACCUGAAAAUCAAAAUCAUGCGAUUGUCUUUACUCGUGGAAAUGCUGUGCAGACAAUUGAUAUGAAUCAGGAUAAUUAUUUUGAGGAAGCAUUAAAGAUGAGAAAUCUCCUUGAAGAAUUCCAUGCUUAUCAUGGUAUCCGUCCUGCUACCAUUCUUGGUGUAAGAGAGCAUGUAUUUACGGGAAGUGUCUCUUCGUUAGCAUCCUUUAUGUCCAAUCAAGAAACUAGUUUCGUAACUCUUGGGCAGCGUGUGCUUGCAAGUCCUCUAAAGGUUCGCAUGCAUUAUGGUCAUCCUGAUGUGUUUGAUAGAGUGUUCCAUAUAACCCGGGGUGGCAUCAGCAAAGCUUCUCGUGUGAUCAACAUUAGUGAAGAUAUUUAUGCAGGUUUCAAUUCAACUUUACGUCAAGGAAACAUCACUCAUCAUGAAUACAUCCAGGUUGGCAAGGGACGAGAUGUUGGGCUCAAUCAGAUUGCUCUGUUUGAAGGAAAAGUGGCCGGAGGGAAUGGUGAGCAGGUUCUUAGUAGGGAUAUAUACAGACUUGGGCAGCUGUUUGAUUUCUUCCGGAUGCUUUCAUUCUACUUUACCACCGUCGGAUACUACUUCUGUACUAUGUUAACUGUGAUUACAGUGUACAUAUUUCUCUACGGAAAAACAUAUUUGGCAUUGUCUGGAGUUGGUGAAGAUAUUCAAACUAGAGCUGAUGUGUUGCACAACACUGCUCUAAAUACAGCUUUAAAUACACAGUUUCUGUUUCAGAUUGGUGUAUUUACGGCUAUACCGAUGGUUUUGGGAUUCAUCUUAGAGCAGGGAUUUUUUAGGGCUGUUGUUAGUUUUAUCACCAUGCAGUUUCAGCUUUGUACCGUCUUCUUCACAUUUUCUUUGGGCACCAGAACACAUUACUUUGGCCGAACCAUUCUUCAUGGUGGUGCAAAGUAUCAUGCAACUGGUCGAGGCUUUGUUGUGCGCCACAUCAAAUUUUCCGAGAAUUACAGGCUUUAUUCACGCAGUCAUUUUGUCAAAGGAAUGGAAGUUGUUCUACUAUUAGUGGUGUUCGUUUCAUAUGGGUUCAAUGAAGCUGGUGCAGUGGGCUACAUUCUUCUUAGUGUUAGCAGUUGGUUCAUGGCAAUUUCAUGGCUUUUUGCUCCAUAUAUGUUCAAUCCAUCUGGUUUUGAGUGGCAGAAGACAGUAGAGGAUUUUCGAGAUUGGACAAAUUGGCUCUUUUAUAGGGGUGGAAUUGGUGUUAAAGGAGAAGAAAGCUGGGAAGCAUGGUGGGAUGAAGAACUGUCUCAUAUCCGAACACUUGGUGGAAGGGUUAUGGAAACCAUUUUGAGCCUGCGGUUUUUUAUUUUCCAAUAUGGUGUCAUUUACAAACUGGAUGUACAAGGAUCAAAAACGUCACUAUCGGUUUACGGAUUUUCAUGGCUGGUGCUCGUGGGGCUUAUUUUCCUUUUUAAGAUUUUUACGUUCAGCCAGAAAAUAUCGGUGAAUUUUCAACUGAUCUUGCGUUUUGUACAAGGCGUUGCCUUCAUGCUUGCACUUGCUGGUAUAGCGGUUGCUGUUGCCAUUACCGAUCUUACUAUUACUGACAUAUUUGCGUCCAUCUUAGCAUUCGUACCCACUGGUUGGGGAUUACUUUCGAUCUGUGUGGCAUGGAGACCGGUGUUGAAAAAGAUUGGAUUAUGGAAAUCAGUACGAUCUCUUGGUCGGUUAUAUGAUGCUGGGAUGGGAAUGCUUAUCUUUAUCCCCAUUGCCCUAUGUUCAUGGUUCCCUUUCAUCUCAACGUUCCAAACCCGACUAAUGUUUAACCAGGCGUUCAGCCGUGGUCUGGAAAUCUCGCUUAUCCUUGCCGGAAACAACCCAAAUUCUGGAUUAUAGUGAUUUUGUACAUUCAGAAUGAGUACGACGUGAAAACUUGCUUGUUAGAGAAGCUGAAUUUGCAGAUUCUUUGUGUUAUUGUUUGUUUGUAUGUAAAACUUUCACGGCUGUAAAUUUUGAGGACUCGAACACGGAAAGUGUGGUACUUUUAGGUACCACGAGUUUAUCUUGAUAUCAAACCAUGGAUUCGGUUUUAUGGGUGUUCUUAGAAUCUUUGAGUAAUAUUAAGUGAAGUUAUAUUCUUGUUUUCUU